GUACGUAUCGAGGGGUCUAUUAGAAAGAUGAAAGUGGUUAUAUAUCUCCAAACACUACAGAUUAUCCCCAUUCAUUAAACGACUAGACACCCUGAUGAAUGCCAACUGGAUUGUUAGAGAGUGAGAAACUAAAGAGGAUUCUCAUUAGUCCAUGCAAUGUUUUCCAGUCAGAUGACUUCCACUCCUUUCUCAGUGAGGGACAUAUUGAACCUGGAGCAGAAUCAAGAGGACAUGGUCUCUCUGGACAUGUCUCAGCGGCUGGACAGUGCCCUAAUUCCGACCUCAUCCUGCAUGCUGUCCACUUUCAAACAAGAGCAGUUCAUGGACAUGCCAUCCGGAUCCUCUCUAUUCGGCGAAGACCUUCAGGAUGACAAAGCCAACAAAAUCAGCCCAAUGAACUUCGGUACUGCUGCCUUUUAUGGUAAACAUUUCUUAGAAAUGGACUAUGUUAAAGACACAAAGACGGAUGACACGUUUGAGGAAAAGGAGAAAAAAGACAUCAACUGUUCUCAAGAAGAGCCGAGGGGAGAUCUAAAGCUGGAUGAUCCUGAUCGCCCCAAACAGAGAAAGAGGAGGAAGCCUCGCGUUCUUUUCUCUCAAGCACAGGUGUACGAGCUGGAGCGACGCUUCAAACAGCAGAAAUACCUUUCUGCACCAGAGAGAGAUCAUCUAGCCAGCGUUCUUAAACUCACCUCCACGCAGGUGAAAAUCUGGUUCCAGAACAGACGCUAUAAGUGCAAGAGGCAGCGUCAGGAUCAGACCCUGGAGAUGGUGGGCAUCGCGCCUCCGAAACGCAUCUCGGUGCCGGUUUUGGUUCGUGAUGGGAAACCCUGUCUGGGAGACACAUCAACUUAUAACACCUCUUACAAUGUGGGGAUCAGUCAUUUCACCUAUAACACUUACCCUGCCUUUAGUAAUUUCCCAAGUCCGGGCAACACGAACUACUCAUGCAACUACCCAUCGAGCAUGUCUGCCAUCCAGUCCUCACAGUCAAACAAUAAUUACAUGAACUUUGGAGUUGGGGACGUAAAUAAUGUCCAGGCAUCAUUUCAGUCCAGCAGUGGGGUAUCCUCGUUACAUGGUAUUAGAGCUUGGUGAAAAAGACACUAAAAGACGAACUCUAUACAGCAUGAAUGGUUUCAACUGACAUUUUUUUAAUCGAUGACUGUGAUUUGCUGAAAAUCACAGAUUCAAGGCUGGGUUUAGAUUUGUUUGAGAAAUGGUAGCCUAGAUCAGAUAUAAACUAGUUCAUUUUCACGCUUCUUUAGUAACUUUUAUAUGCACUGUUUUUAUUAAAAACUGCCUGAAUAAUUUGCUUGCACUCGAGUUAAAUUAUGAGAGAUUAACAGCACGUGAAAUAUGCAACAUGCAGUUUAUUUAUGAUUUUUCACUAGAUGUGUUUUCAGCCCUUUAUAUAGCCUAAAACUCGGGAAAAGCUAGCAAGCUUUUCUUUCUUUCUUUUCUUUUUUUUUUUUCUUUCUUUCUUUCUUUCAAGAUCAAUAUUUUCUUUCAAUUCAAGAUCAAUCUAAUUGUUUAACCCAUCUGACAAGGCAAUAGUCUGAAAUUAAAUGUAGCAAGGAAAAAUAUGUUAAACAUUACUGCCAUGAAAGCAAUUGUUUUAUUUGUGUAAAUAACCAGAUUGUUUGUAGAUAGCGCACAAAUAAUACAGCAAAAUAUUUUGUUAUUCAGUUGCCUUUGUAGGUUUGAUAUGUAAACUUUUCGAAAAAAAAAAUAAAAAUAAAGGCUUUGCGGAACUGUUUGCAAACAUUAUUUGUUUUGCAGCAUCAGUGAAAAAAUCUAAUAUAAUAAUACAAAUAAAAAAAAUGUGCAUUCGUAAAAACUAGUUUUGUAAUAAUAAUAAUAACUAUCAUUAAUGUAUUAAUAUUAUUCACUACAGCCAAAUAAAUCUAAUGCUUUAAAUUGCCCAAAAUAGAGACAAAAUAUUUUAAACAAACAACAAAUAUUUUGAGAAAACAAAAAACUUUAAUUGGAGGAUUUUAAACAACAACAAUACGAGUUUUUUUUCUAGUCGUGGUUUAUAAACGGUGCCUACGCAUGCUUUACCAAAGGUUAAAUUGAGUUUAUUUGUUUUGCUUAUCAAAGACUUAUCCACUAAAAUCAAUAUGAUGUAUUUAUACAAUAUCUAUAAUAUUUCUGAAUUAACAAUAUUUAAUAACCGAUAACUUCCGUGAUGUUUUUAUGUGGAGGAUUACUUAGAAAGGCAAAUAUUUGCGCUGCAAUCGUCAAUAAUUAAAUAUUUUAACUAAUAACAUUUUAAAGUUGAAAAUAUUUCAGGUAAAGUGAUCUGUCACCUUGUUGUUGUAUCAUGUGAAUUGAUUUGACGGGUUUUCAGAGUAAAACACUCUGACCUUUAAAUUAACUUGUUUUGGGUGGGACGUUUGUCAUCAUUGUGAUGACUGAUUAUACAAUUACGUGCAGUUUAUCGUCAGCUGAAGAUAAAGGCCUAAAUUAAAAUGUUACUCCACAUCCACUUAUCCUGUUUUUUGUUUAUAAUACAUCCUCAUAAGCACUUUAUAGAUUAAAUUACUUUUGUAUGUUUUUAUUUUUCCACAAGUGUUUGUUUCACCCUUGAUUGACAACACCAAAGUGCUGUGCUUAGUAUGUAGAAUGGCACCAUUUGCUUGACAGAGAGGUAAGGGUGCAUGGUUGUGCAUGAAAAGACAUUUAUGGAGGAGGGAAGGAGAUCUAUAUUUGCUACCACUUAAAAAGAGUAAUAGUUUGUCCUUGGGCAUCUCUCUGGCCUCUCCACACAUAUCAGUAAACACAAUUCCCCCUCUCAAUAACAAAAUCUACCACUGAGCUAACAUCUGCUUAUAGAUAAAAUAUAUAAACUGCAUUAACACAGUAGUUAGUUACAGUGAAGAUGACUAUAAAUUCACAUCAAAUGUGAGGACCCUGAGAGGUAGAGAGAAAGGUCACACAGUUGCAAUAGUGGUCCACUCUUCAGAGGCGUUGAAAAGAACAAGUCAGAUAACAAGGACGCACAUCUCUAAAAAUAACAGACCUUGUCCUCCAGCCACAAUGGAAGGAGAAUGACAGAGAGAUGGAGAGAGCGAGGGAGAGAAAGAGACCAGGGAUGGAAUAAUCAGCCUAUCCUGGUCUUAUCGGAGGAAAGACAGGGUUGCAUGCCUUUUUAUCAGUAGUGCUCUGAUUAUGCCCAUAGCUUUUCUGAGCUUUUUCCUCUGUGAUACUCCAGUUCUGUCCUGCCCAGUAAAACAGCUGCUAGUUCAUCACCGCACAGGAUGUGAGUUUAACUAACCUAAAUUGCCUGUCAUAGGUGUCCAUGUGACAGCAUCCAGUGUCUAGCCUGGGAUCAGCUAGAGGCAAGAAACUGAGAAACUGACAGACUACUUUAGCACCAACACCAUGGGGUUAUAUUUUCAGACCUUAAUUCAACUUCUUUUUUCUUUUUCUUUUUUUGGCUAAAUAAAUCUUCCAUUGUGUUACCUCUAGAUGAUUUUUUAAAAUGAUUAUUAUUAUUAAAAAUUAAGACUUAAAAUUAAGUCUUCAUUUAAUGUCUAUUUCUUAACUUUUAAAUGUAAAUAAUUUAUUUUACUUUCACUACUUAUUUACAAAAACAUCUACUAACAACAGCAUUUUGAUAUAGAAGACCGAUGUUUUAUCAUUGGAAACUAUAAUUGGAUCCUCCCUAUAUUACACAUUUAAAAUGUAAAACUUAAAAUGGUGGUCAAACAGAGACUAUUUUCAGGCUUUAGAGGAGCAAUAAACAUAUAUUUACGCUUAGGAAUGUUUAAAAAUGUAGAGAUUUUAUUGGUAGUAUACUACUACAGUAUUUGUUAAACUCUUCUGCUGGAAUAAAAUAGACUUGCAUUUUGAUUAUUCACAAUUUUAACUCAUUUUAGUUAUGCACUAAAUUUAUCAUAAAUAUUAGAAAUGUUAAAAUAUAAAAUAAAUAUUUAAGUAAUGACACAAUGACAGCACACAUAAGUUACAGCUUCUCUUCUGCAACAGUAUCUCAAAACAGAAACUUGUCAUAUGCUUUUUCAUUCUUUGUAGAAGAAUUAACAAUCUCACAAAAAGGAGAAAUGUUUUAAGGUGCAAUUCUCUUCUAUUUUCAACAAUGUUAACAUUUACCCAUCAUUAAUGGC